AUGACGAAGGCCAUGAUGCCUGCUAUGGGGGUAAUGUCUGACUCCCUGUCACAGACAUUUGCACAGGCCCUACAACAGAAACAGAGAUCGGCUCAGCCGACCAUUACUCAGGCAUUGCCUUUAAAGACUUCUGCGCAGCCUCAUUCUGGCCGCAAAGUUCUCACUAAGACUAAACACUCCUCAAUGUCUAAGAUGGACAGCAUUACUCCUGUCACAGAUAGCACGACUAUUAUGCCACCGUGCGAAAGAGCCACUAACUGGGCAAAAUCGGCUAGAUUAUGGAAGAGAGCAAAAGCUCAAUUAGAUUUCUGA